CUCGCUGCCGGCUCUCAGCUCUCGCCGCCGGCCCUCCCCGGGCAGAAAGCGCUCUUUCUCCUCUGAGAAGACACUUAGACGGAAGGCUUUUACCCGGUGAUCGCAACCACCACCAGCGCUUGGAGCAAACGGACGCUGUUUUCUUCAUUUUCCUUUGGGCUCAGAGUGUGAUCCUUUUUGAUUUUUUUUCCCCCCAGCAUGGAUUGUUUCUCCAUGAUUUUCCCUCUGCUGUUUCUGGCUGUCCACGGAGCUCCAGACACAGGGGCCUUGGGGACUAAGCUUAGCACUGGAGCACCGAGCAGAGGGGAGAAGCCCCCUCCCAGUGAGCCCUGGCGGCCCCGCAGAUCCAAACGCUGCUCCUGCUCUUCCCUCAUGGAUAAGGAGUGUGUCUACUUCUGCCAUUUGGACAUCAUCUGGGUCAACACUCCUGAGCAUGUUGUUCCCUAUGGACUUGGAAGCCCUUCCAGGUCUAAGCGAUCCUUGAAAGAUUUAUUCCCUAUGAAGGCAGCAGACCACAUGAACAGAUGCCAAUGUGCUAACCAAAAAGACAAGAAGUGCUGGAAUUUUUGCCAAGCAGGAAAAGAACUCAGAGUACAAGACAGUACACAGAAAGACUGGAGUAACCACAAGAAAGGAAAAGGGUGUUCCAAACUGGGAAAGAAGUGUAUCCAUCAGCAGUUGGUAGAAGGAAGAAAAAUGAGAAGGUUGGAGUCCAUCAGCAACAGCAUCAAAGCAUCUUUUCGUGUUGCAAAGUUGAAAGCCCAGCUCUACAGAGAGCAGAGAGUGACCCAC